AGUCACCCCCCCCCCAAAAAAAAAGCAGAAGUGGGGAGGGAAAGAAAAAACCCUCCGUUAAUCGAAGUCACAAGUUGUCAUGCACGCGUUGUGUGGCAGCCUUAAAAGAACCUCACGAUGUUGCCACUACCGCCCCCUACUACAUUGGCAUUUUAUUAAAUGUACCUGACAAUUGGGAGGUUUUCAAAAGUUUGUUCCGGUGAGUUUGGAGGGGCGAAGUCCGUGAAAUGUAGCAGCGAGGGCGACGAGGAAAAGAAACAAGAAAAAGAAGCACCAUGGCAGACUGGAGGACUUUUAAUGUGGUGAUUUUGGGCGUGGGAUUCUUGUUUAUCUUCUCCGCCUUCACCACCUGUGGUAACGUUGAACAAACGGUGGUGAAAAGUCUGCAGAAUGACACCUUCACAGGAAGUGGAUACCACAGUCUGGGAAUCAUCUAUGGAGUCUUCUCGUUGUCCAAUUUGGUGGCGCCCGCCGUGGUGGCCGUGCUAGAACCAAAGAUGACCAUGUUUUUGAGCGGGCUGAUAUACAGUGGCUACAUCAGCGUCUUCAUCGAGCCGUCCACGUGGUCCUUCUACUUGAUGUCCGUGCUGCUCGGCAUUGGGGCCGCCAUGCUGUGGACGGCUCAAGGGCAAUUUCUGGUGGAGAAUUCGGAGGCUUCAACUAUCAACAGGAAUACGGGCUUGUUCUGGGCUCUGCUGCAGUGCAGCAUGUUGUUCGGCAAUCUGUGUAUUUAUCUGGACUGGAACGGAAGAGCAGAAAUACCAGAGAGCAGCAGGAAGAAUAUCUUCCUCUCGCUGUUGGUGGUCUCCAUCGUGGGGACGCUGUGCUUCCUGGUGCUGAGGAAGACUCACCUGCCAGAGGAGGAGAUGCUCUCAGAGGAGGAAGGACAAGCGCUGCUUUCGGCUCACGUGGUGUACAAGCACAGCGUCAACACGGCCGUUCAGGACGUAAAGGCGGAUUUCAAGACUAUGCUCCAACUCCUCAAGACCAGAACCAUCCUGCUCCUGAGUCCCUGCAUGGCCUACAGCGGCCUGGAGCUGUCCUUCUACAGCGGCGUUUAUGGGACGUGCCUGGGAGCCACGGCUCAGUUCGGCCAGGCUGCUAAAGGCCUUAUUGGGGUCUCUGGCAUGGUGCUGGGCGUGGGCGAAAUCAUAGGCGGAGGCUUGUUCGGCUUGGUGUGCAAGAACAAUCGAUUCAGACGCACCUCGGUGGUCUUCCUGGGAAUGGUGGUACACUUCGUGGCCUUCUAUCUCAUCUUCCUCAACAUUCCCGAUGACGCCCCGGUGGUCUUCAGCACCGCCACCACCAAGAGCCCCUUUCUCACUCCAAGCAUGUCCAUCGCCCUGCUGUGCAGCUUCCUGCUGGGCCUGGGAGACAGCUGCUUUAACACGCAGCUCUACAGCAUCCUGGGCUGCGUCUAUGCCGAGCAAAGCACACCCGCAUUUGCCAUCUUCAAAUGUAUACAGUCGGUUUUCGCAGCAUUGGCGUUCUUCUACAGCGGCAACACGCUGCUAAUGUGGCAGCUCCUCCUCAUGGUGGUGCUGGGCUUCAGCGGCACGCUCUGCUUCUUCGUGGCCGAGCGCAUGCACGACGUGGACGCCUCCUCCAUGGUGGUAUUGGAAUAACUAGAGGAAAAAAAUAAAACUACAUAAAAGGACACUAUGAAAGGCAAGCAGCUUUAAGGCACCGAAGCUUCUCUUGGUUUAAAUCAUUGUGCUCAAGGCCUUAAGACUACACCGCGAUGACGACCGUUCGGUAAUACUCGUGCAAUCCUCUUUAUAAGCGUAAUCGUUUUGUUUGCUGCGCAUGGCCUCCUAUGCUGGUGAAACACUUUUAGGAAAACUGCUACUUCAUUGCUUUCAUUGAUCAUCUUUUUUUUAACUUUGAGGUGCAGCAAUCUCUUCUCUGUGGUCGCAAUUCAUUUCUAGCGCCGUGAAGUCUUAACUUUUUAAUAGACGCACUCGACUGUAGAUUGUUUGUUUAAAGCCACUGCAAUCAAACCGACAUUUCAAAAUAAAGCAAUUUGUUUAGCCUGCAUUUCCCUAUUCAUUUUUGACACUAAUAAAAGCACUCUUGUAGUCUGAGUGUAAUUUGA